AGAAGUCGGAAUUCGAUUGAUGUUUGGCAUCCGCGAUUCAAAUCAAAGAGAAUGAACAAGAAAAGCUUGGCGAUUUUGAUGCGAACCAGAAUGAGACCCAGCGAUGCAAGCAAGCUUGAUCUCUCCCCUGUUAUGCAACACCAAACGCAGUCCAAUUCUCGAGGAAAUCAAACCGACCACAGCUUUUCACAGCAUGGAAACGACAAUUUGAAUGCCUCAAUUAACAAUGAGAGAAAUUUCGAGAGUGUUCGGAAAUCAAUGCACUCGGCCAUAUCAAUGAAUAAAACUGAAGUGUUAGACGCAGUUCUUAAUGAUUUCUCCGAGGGUUAUUUUAGCCUUUCUCAUGAAAAUCGCCGGAAACUAUUGAUCAUACUUGCCAAAGAGUAUGAUCUCAAUAGAGUGCAAGUUCGUGAACUGAUACAGCAAUAUCUAGGACUUGAGCUUCCUGCAGGUUCAGGUAAUGAAGCUCAGUCAGGUGCCGUUGAGGAGGAAGGGUUGUUUUCUACUUUCUAUCGCAUUGAGCGAAGCUUGAGGCAUGCCCUUAAGCCAACAUAUGAGGUUCUCUUUGAGAGACUCAACACUCACCCUGGGGGCUUGAAGUCUCUGACCAUCCUUCGAGCUGAUAUCUUAUCCAGUCUUGCAGAUGAAAACAUUACUUCUUUGCGAGCACUGGAUUCCUACUUGAAGGAAAAACUUGGUACUUGGCUUAGUCCUGCUACAUUGGAACUUCACCUUAUCACUUGGGAUGAUCCUGCUUCUUUGCUAGAAAAAAUUGUGGCUUAUGAGGCAGUGCAUCCUAUCAGCAAUCUUCUUGAUCUUAAGAGAAGGCUGGGAGUUGGUCGUCGUUGCUUCGGAUACUUUCAUCCGGCAAUACCUGGUGAACCCCUUAUUUUUAUUGAAGUUGCACUGCUGAAGCAUGUGGCUCAAACUAUACAGGAAGUUCUGUGGAAUCAUCCUCCAAUACCUGAAUCUGAGGCAGCUUGUGCGUUAUUUUACUCCAUAUCGUCAACGCAGCCUGGCUUGGCGGGGAUCAAUCUGGGAAAAUUUCUUAUUAAACGUGUGAUUAAACUGGUGAAAAGAGAUAUGCCACAUAUAUCUACGUUUGCAACGCUUAGCCCAAUCCCAGGAUUCAUGCAAUGGCUUCUUUCAAAAUUGGCCUCUCAAUCGAUGCUUACUGAAGCUAAGGACACAUCACAAUCGUCUAAUGGUCAGUCUGGUUUGACAUUUUGGGAGAACAUACUUGAACCAGAGGAAGAAAAUACACUAAUGGAUUUAUCAGAGGAUUUCGUUACUGGAAAAUAUGGCGUGGAGGUGAUGUUGAACUUGCUGGGAUCAACUAACCAUGAGUGGGCCUGUUCCGCUGAAUUGCUUUCAGCGUUAAAGCCCCCUCUAAUGCGUCUGUGUGCUAGGUACCUUUUACUAGAGAAAAAGAGAGGAAAAGCUUUGGAUUCUGUUGCAAAUUUCCAUUUGCAAAAUGGAGCGAUGGUCGAAAGAAUAAACUGGAUGGCAGAUCAAUCAGAGAAGGGCCUUAGUCAAAGUGCUGGAAUAAUGGUGAACUAUGUCUACAGGCUCGAUAAAAUCGAAGAAUAUGCUCAGUCCUAUUUUGGUGCUGGGCAUAUCAAUGCUUCAUCUGACAUCAAACGUUAUGUUGAGGAGCAUGACAUGGCAUAAUAUGAGGAGGUUCGCCGAUGCCAACCUUUCCGGAGAUUAUUUUGGUGGUUGUUUUUGCUUGCUCAGUUGCUCUCUCUGUGGAAAUGGAAAAAAAAGAGAGUAGAUGAACACUGUAUGUUACAUGUCUCAUUGGUUUCAUCAAUCGUCUUUCAAUAUUAUUCACAAUAGUGUGUAACAGGAAUAAUUGAUUCUCCCCUUCUUUACACAGAUAAGUGGGUGCAACACUAAUUACUUCU